AUGAGGAGGCUGGACUUCAAGCUCUUUCUUCCUUGGAGGACUCACAGAGGUGGAGAUGGACAACUGGAGAUCCUCUAUAACUCAGAGGUGUCUUUCCCUCACCGCCUGUACACAGACCUGGAAGCUGUUUUCUAUCACUUCCGCCUCCGUCAGCCCCUCGGCACCGUAACACAGCAGCCUCUGCUCUACGUCAGAGGGACGGUUCCUCGGGCAUGUUUCCAGGCCUUGGCCAGGCUCAGCUACCUCUGCCACAGUAAGAGGCUGAGGGAUGUAAUCCAGGGGGAUCUGCUGCCCUCAGCAGAGAUGAUCACAGCCUUAAGUCACGAGUAUGGAGUUGCCUUAACUGCUGAGGAUCUCUUCACUCAGAAACCUCCUGUACUCUCAUUUGAGUCUGAUGAUUAUACAGUACCAGGGAAAGCCAGCAGAGUGAAACAGGCAGUGUGUUCUUCAUCAGAGACCUACAAUGAAGUGUAUGUGCAGCAGAAGGAGAAGAGAGAAGACAAAGUGUCUUUUGAGAGAAACCACAUUGUGGCUAACAUUGCUGCUGCAGGCCAGCUCAAAGGGAAGAUGAAAAAGCCAGAGUUAGAAACUUUCAGGAUUUCUCCCAUUGAUGGCAAAUCUGUCUUUAACUACAGCUCUCAGAGCCUGAAUUCGGCAGAACUCGCGAAGCAGCAGCUCCGCCGGGAAAUGGCAAAGGAACCAAAGACCAGAUUCACUUAUUGUCAGGAGUACCUGUCAGCCACAUUUGACCCAGUGGAUGAGGUUGCUGCCUGGAAAGAAUCCUUUGCAAAAUCCAAGAGUAUGUGGCUGUCACCAGAGGGGUUUGUAUUUCCUGGGUUUAAGAGCAGCAUUGAAAGCAACCUGCACCCUCGGAUGCCUGAUGGGGCACGUCUGGAGGAGUUAAAGGAGGUAACAGGCAACUGAAAAGAACUGUCCUGGGUGAACUGAAGCAUUUUUAGGAGACUUGAAAGAGGCAG